CCCGAACAUCGAAAACAUAACAGCAUCUAGUAGUAUAAUACAACAGACCUUGCUGAACACUUCACUCAAGAAACAGAAACAUGCCUCCACCAACGAAGCGCCGUCGAACAGAGCCGGCGGUGGUGGAAGAAAUCACAUUCGACCCGGCGGCGCGUCAAGAAUAUCUCACGGGCUUUCACAAGCGGAAACUGCAGAGGGCGAAACAUGCACAAGAAAUUGCCGAGAAGAGGGCGCGGGAAGAGAGAAUACAAGAACGCAGAAAGCUACGAGAACAACGAAAGGCAGAAUUGGAACGUCAUGUCCAGGAGGUCAAUGUGAUGCUCAGACCCCCGUCACCGGACAGCGGCUCAGACGACGACGACGAUGCUGCAGAAUCCAAUGAGGAAUGGAAUGGUCUUUCGGACCCAGAGCCGGAGCCUAUCGAUCAUGAAGCGGAAUAUAUCGACGAAGAAAAGUACACCACCGUAACGGUCGAGACAAUGGAUGUCAGCCGCGAAGGUCUUUUCAAGCCCGAGUCCAAUGGAGAUGAAGAACGAAAGAACAAAGACGAAGAAGUCGAGGAAGAAGGGUCCACCUCCGCAAAGAAGAAACGCCCGUGGUCCAAAGACAAGCCUAAAGACAAGUCCAAAGAUAAGACCGAGAAGAGUCGAAAGAAGCGGCGGAAUUUCCGGUAUGAAAGCAAGGCGGAACGGAAAGUAGCACGUACAAAAGAGAGAAACAAAAAUCAUAAGCAAGCUCGACAACGGCGUGCUGGAUGAGAAUGCCGCUGUUCGUCAAAGCUGUCAACGCUCGCCCUGUAUUGAAACCCUCAUUGGUGUCGUAGGUGUGUCAUGGU